GAGCGGAUGCGCGCUUCUCAGCCGCCCCGGAGCCCCCUCGAGGGGAGGCGCCAGCCAGGACCUGACCUUUGCCGCCACCUCGCCCAGGCAGCCUGUAUAUAAAGGCGGGUCAGCCGCGGAGGCAGCAGCAGCGGCAGCAGCAAGUGGCAGCGCGGACCGUCGGUAGCAGCAGCAGCAGGAGCCCCAGCCCCAGCCUGUCCUUGCCGGCUCAAGAAAGCGUCCCGUCGUCGAGGCAAAGCCACGCCACCCUCGCCACCCUCAGCAUGGCGCGCCCCGAGCUCCCUCUGCUGCGGAAGCCCCGCGGCCUCUUCUGGCUGCUGGGUCUCUUCUUCGCCCUUGCGCUGAUCCUGGACGGACGCGGCUCGGACGCGGCUCCCCUGGCGAACAGCGAGGGAGCGCCCCCGAUGGCCAAGAUUUAUCCCCGGGGCAGUCACUGGGCAGUGGGGCAUUUCAUGGGGAAGAAAAGCACUGGAGAUUUCCCUUAUACGUAUGAAGAACGAAACGAGCCGCCCUUCUCUUUGCUACCCGAGAACGUCAAGCAACUCGGAGACUAUCUGCACUGGGAGGAGUCGUUCAAGCAGCUCCUCAGGCUACUGGAGGGGAAUGAGAACAGAAGCGCCCAGGUUCUCAGGGAAGAGGUGCCAUUUUCCGCCAAGGGCACCUGGGAAGCGGAGGACAACAGCAGUCUCAAAGACAUGAUGGACUUCCUGCUGCAAGCGAUGGAUCGAAAAGAAAGCUCCCCUAGUUGAAGUGACUGUCUCCCCACAUCAAAGGCAUAGAAUACUAUCAAGAGACUAUGGUUGCAUAAGCAUUUUACUGUAUAUGAUAACUAAUAAAAUAACUUUUGUGUUAACAAGAUUAUCCUUUGGUGCAAAAUAACCUGUUCACUUGUCUUUCCCUAACAAUGACUACACUCUUUGGUUGCUUUUUCCUUCCGAGCAACAUUUCUCUCUCCUCUGCACUGCUUCGUUGCACAUAAUUGUCAAUGAAGGGUCUUCCACUUCUCUGGUGGCACUUGGCCAUUUUCUCUCUCCAAGCACUUUGUCUUUUAUGUUACAAUCAUUGAACAUUUUGACAUUCACAAUAAAUAAGUGGAAAAAAGGCA